UUAUCUGUCAGUUUUGAGAGCAAAGUUGUCAGAGAAACUCAAAUUUAUGCUUUUAAGAUGUGCGGAGGUUUUACUUGUUCUAAAAAUGCCCUUAUUGCGCUCAACGUACUAUAUAUUGUCGUCGCGUGUAUAUUGAUAGGGGUUGCAGUUUAUGGACGAGAAGCCACUAUUUUAGACACAGAUUUACCUAUUGUCGGAGGUAUUUUAGCAUGUGGGAUAAUAUUAAUGCUAAUAUCAGUCCUAGGGCUGCUUGGUGCAGUCAAACAUCAUCAGGUCAUGCUGUUUUUCUACAUGGUAAUCCUCUUUCUGUUGUUCCUUAUCCAGUUUUCAGUUGCUUGUGCAUGUCUUGGUGUAAAUAAUGAACAACAAACCAGGCUAGCAGAGGAAGGUUGGAAGAGGGUAAAUAAUAACACCAGAAGUAAUGUACAGAAAGUGUUCAGUUGUUGUGGAUUUGAUGACAAAGUGGAUCUUGAUUAUCCACCACCAGAUUUUAAAGCUAUUCAGGAUCGAGUUUGUCCAGAUCCAGCCAUAUUGAAUUGCCAGUGUUCCAAGUGUGUUGAAAAAGUACAGAACACUAUAAACUAUGCAUUCAAGCUAUGUGGAUGGAUAGGUUUGUUCUUCAGUUUCUCUGAGUUUAUGGGAGUGCUACUAACUGUACGUUAUCGUAAUCAGAAAGAUCCUCGAGCUAAUCCCAGUGCUUUUCUCUAGUGCAACAACUCAAUGCAAAUGGUUAGUAGGUCUCGCAUGGACAAGACGCUACCGUAAUUUGCACGAUCCGGACGACCUGAGGGCAACAGCAGUUUUUCCAAGACACAACUUUACAUAUUGAAUCUAGUCAUUAUUCCUACAAUUUUAGUCAUUCUUCUAUAGCCAUAUAUACCAAAGAUUUAUUUUCUUUUUCUUUUCUAUAUAUGUGUAUUUAUAAUUGUAUGUAAUAUAUUAUAUAUUUAUAUUA